CCGACAGAAAAAGCAGAGACAACAGACAGCAGAGAGGAGAGAGGGGGAGGCAGAGCAGCAGUGUCAGUAUCGUUCUCAGUCCCUCCAUGCUUUGCAGCUGCAUGUUUUCUACCAGUCAAAUUUCCAUCCUGAAGGGACUCAACUGUGUGGCGCAAGACCUUGAAUGAUGGACUACUAAGAAAAUCCUCAACUACUCGAGCUUGUCACCUGUGAGUACUGCUCCACCUUUGGGGAUUGAGAUUACAAAGCACUACAAGAAAGGACGGCUCUCCAACAGACCCAAGGAUCACUGAGGAAUGGUCUUUGUCUUGAGGAUCAAAGAUGGAAAGUAAUGGCGGAUGACUAGGACGAUGACAAAGGAGCAUGACAUUAUUUCCUGCUUCAGUCAAUUCCUCUCUCGCAGUCUGUGAAGAAUACAGUGGCAAUAAGAAUGCUGUGGAUGUCCAAAAGUCAAAGUCUCUUUGAGUGAUCUCCAAAGACUAUAUAUGACCAAUGUCCACAUCGCUGGACUCUGCCCCUCUUGGAUCACAGGGAUGUUAAAAGUUUAACUGGGUCCGGUCCUUUGGAACAACCACACAAGCUUGUUUUUUUCUUUCUCUUGGGACCUUCCCUCCAGUCUGUCAUCUCAACUUUCGCCCCUCACUGUUCUCCGGAAUAUAAAUUGCAAAGCUGACAUGGUCUGACACAAGGUAUUACGGACCAUAUCAGGAUGUGAUUUAUAUCCAGAGAAAUACCAAAACAAGUGUGAAUAUACAAUUUCUGAAAAGUGGAGAGUUGUGGAGAGAGAAGGAUUAUUCUGGCACUGGCACCAUUUUCAGGCGAGGAUGACACUGGAGGAAACGAUCCAAGCGCAACGGACAAUGACAAGAAAGAGCUUUGAAUAAAAGAAAGCAUUGAUCUUAGUGCACCGCACUUAUAUUGCAAACCACAUGCCCCCCCCAACAAGGGGUGGGUGUGUGUUGCUUACUGUGUUUCACAAACAGACUUUUCUCAUUGUCUGAGUGGAGCCAGUAUCCCAAAGCUAACGCACACAAAGACUUCUCAUUGUCAAAUAUCAAAUUUCACUAUGUUCACAGAAAUAAUACUGGAAAUGCAAAUGAAAGUCAAUAGACUGAAGACUGACCUUGUCAGGUCAGAAUAUGGUGGGAUGUUUUAAUGUGCUCCAGCAAGUUCUUCGUGGCCACUUCGAUUGCUGCUGAGCAGGAGAGGAUACUGCUGGGAGGGAUUGGCCUCUUCCUCACAUCAGGAUAAUGCACACAUCCCCAGUGCUAAUCUCUGCAGCCACCAUGAGCAACAUGACAGUGCUUGACACUGCUGAUCCCUAUGACCUUGACAUGACUUCCUCUGAGGCCAUCUACCCCAUUAGUUUCCAGGUUUCUUUGACAGGCUUCCUGAUUUUAGAAAUAGUUUUGGGCCUGAGCUCCAACCUCACUGUGCUAGUCCUCUACUGUAUGAAACAGAAUCUCAUCAGCUCUGUUUCCAACAUCAUUACCAUGAACCUGCAUGUGGUGGAUGUGUUGGUGUGUGUAUGCUGUAUCCCAUUGACAGUCGUCGUGGUGCUACUUCCUUUGGAGGCAGACAGAGCCAUGAUCUGCUGUUUCCAUGAGGCCUGCGUCUCUUUUGCAAGCGUAGCUACUGCUGCUAAUGUUCUGGCCAUCACUGUGGACCGCUAUGACAUCUCAGUGAGGCCAGCGAACCGUGUACUUACGAUGGGCCGAGCUGUGGCUCUACUGGGAUCCAUUUGGACUUUAUCCUUUUUCAGCUUCCUGGUUCCGUUCAUGGAAGUGGGCUUCUUCAUUAACUCAGGUUCAGACCUUGUGAACCAGACUGCAAUAGUUACAGUGGCUCAUACAAAUGAGUACUACACAGAGUUAGGUUUGUACUAUCACCUGCUAGCACAAAUCCCUAUUUUCUUUUUUACAGCAAUGGUAAUGCUGGUAACUUACUACAAGAUCCUUCAGGCACUUAACAUUCGGAUUGGAACACGCUUUCAGCACAACCUACCUAAAAAAAAGCAAAAGAGUAAAAACACCAUCUCUUUGAGCACUGCAACACAUGCAGAGUCGACUGACGCUUCACAGAGCAGCACAGGAGUCAGGGCAGGUGGGACUGCACCUUUGGGCAUGAGGGCUUCAGUGUCAGUCAUUAUUGCUCUAAGAAGAGCAGUGAAGCGCCAUCGAGAAAGACGAGAGAGGCAGAAACGAGUCUUCAGGAUGUCUCUUCUUAUCAUCUCCACAUUUCUACUUUGCUGGACUCCAAUAACUGUGCUUAACACCAUCAUCCUCAGCACUGGGCUCAAUGAUUUGACUGCACGCCUCCGCUUGGGCUUCCUAGUAAUGGCCUAUGGAACCACGAUCUUUCACCCACUCCUCUAUGCCUUCACUCGGCAGAAGUUCCAAAAGGUUUUGAAGAGCAAGAUGAAGAAGAGGGUGGUGUCUGUGGUUGAAGCUGACCCUACACCUAACAAUGUGGUCAUCCACAACUCAUGGAUUGACCCCAGGAGAAACAAGAAGGUCACCUUCGAGGACACAGAGGCCAGACAAAAAUGUCUGUGCUCACAAGAUGCAGAGUAAAGGGAUUAACCCAAAUGUAAAUAUGUCAAAUAUGUAGUCUAAAUGAGAGCUGGUUACAGGCAUAACAGAGAGCAACAGACUAUAGCAGAAAAAAAAUAUGAAUGAGGGAGAUAAGACUAAUGUUUAUACAAAUAAAGAGGAGGAAAGUAUUUAAAAAAAAAAAGAACAUGGAUCAAAGUGAGUGAGUCUAAACCAGCUAAACUGAAGUGAGCUUACUAACAGUAGAGUACAUCCAUCUUGGGCAGCUUACUAAAUGAUGAUCACAUCAAAGAUAUGUUCCCUGAGGAAUAAAGAGAUUAAGGUGUGGGGUUUCCUUAAUAUAAACAUCACACAUUAAAAAGGGAAACUACUAGCAGUGGAAUGUGUGUGAGUCCAAGGAGCGCAUUUAUAAUUCAUUUUAUUCAUAGUCACAUGAAAAGGGUUAUUUAUUGCUUUUACUAUGGAAUGUCGUGGAGUGCUAUCAAGGAUAAUGCAGUCUAACCAGCAGUGCAUGUUGUUCUCUGGUUAGCGUAAUGAGACAAAUAUCCAUGUACAGUCACAGAAUACCUUGAUAUUGUUUGUCACCAUUUGUAAUAAACGGCAAAGGGUACAUAGAAUAUGUGUCAGUAUCCCUCUGAUAUCCUGCUUCUUCAUGUGGAAGUAGACACACAAACAGAACACGUUCGGCCACUGGGGGUCAAAGACUGACAUAUGAGAUUUAGUUUCUCUUUCACUUUCCUCUAAAAGGAAAUGUCAUCUAGUGAAGAAGUAGUAAGGUCAGCCUUUAAAAUCUAUUGUUAAAACGAAGGUCACUGUGUGUUUAGAGAAUGUGUUUGUGUUUGCAACAAUAAUGCAUUAAUUACAAGCAUACAAAGGGAAAGAAGUACACCCCAUUUCUCCUCCCAAUACAAUUUACUUGUUUAAAACAAAGUUACCAAUUCACAACACCUCAAUAAACUACACUUGUGCUAUUUUAAGGUGAGCUGUACUGAUAAAUUAUGAAUGGCAUUAUUUUGGAAAGCAUCCUCACUUUUAGUGCUUAAAACAUUUGCACAAUACUAUAAUUAUUUAUUUAAAUUUGUAAACUUGUUUUCAAUUUCUCAGAACAACUGGUAUUUGUAUUUGGUCUAAAUUUGGUUCACUUAAGAUCAAGAUGUUGGCAUGAUAACAUCCUUACAAUGACAAUGCUAAUAUAAUGUUGUCAAAUAGAUACCUCACCCUGUUCACCACCUUAUUUUAGCAUGUUAGCAUUCUAACAAUUUCUAAUAAACCAUGACAAACAAGUCAUUUCAGUGUGUGUACCACAUUUCAUGGUAAUCUACCCAACAGCUGUUGAGACACUGCACUCAAUUCUACAGGUCAACCUCACGGUGGCACUCAUAAUCAGGAAUCA